AUGGCCUAUGACUAUUAUGCAGCAGUGUGCAAACCCCUGCACUACACCACCACCAUGACCACAAAUGUGUGUGCAGGUCUCAUCAUAGGCUGCUAUGUCUAUGGCUUCCCGAACUUCUCUAUGCACAGUGGGGAUGCAUUCAGUCUCUCCUGCUGUAAGUCCAAUGUGGUCCAUCACUUUUUCUGUGAUGUUCCAGCAGUCAUGACUUUCUCUUGCUGUAACAAAUAUGUUAAUGAGCUGGUUCUUGUUUAUCUCAUGAGCUCCCAUAUUUUCUUUCCCUUCCAAGUUAUCUCACCAUCCCACAUCUUCAUUUCUGUCAUCGUCCUAAGGAUGCACUCAGCUGCAAGACAUCACAAAGCUCUAUCCACCUGUGCCUCCCACCUCACUGCCAUCUCCAUCUUUUAUGGGACUAUGAUCUUCAUGUACCUACAGCCCAGCUCCAUUCACUCCAUGGACACUGAGAAAAUCGCCUUUGUGUUCUACACUAUAGUCAUCUCCAUGCUGAACCCUCUGGUAUACAGCCUGAGGAACAAGGAGGUCAAGAGUGCAUUAUUCAAGGUCAAGAGUACUUUCAUUUAUUGGACACAAAAUACUGCAUAG